CACCGAGCAGCCUAUUUCGGAAACGCCGUCCUGUGGUUCAACACGACCAGAAUAAAGAGAAAAGGAAGGAAGCUGAGUCGACUAUAUAUUGCGCUUAGCUGAUCGUAGUGAUUUAGUCAGCAUCGCGGAAAAAGUAGGAGGAAGAGUUGAGUUUUAGUCAAUUUUAUAGCAUACUUCCAUCCGAGUAUUACUAGUUAUUCCGCAAGCCUAUACUACCGAGCAGCGCAAGCAGUGCGGCUGCAGAAAUAGCCGCGUCAGUGCAGUCGACUAGUCCAGUCCGUGUGAUAUUGUCAACAUCAGUCCCGGUUAGCCAGAGUCAACUAGGAUAACUGAACAGAGAUUGGUAUUAUAACAAUAAUUAUUAUUUCCCUUCCUCUGAUCUGGUCGAGUGUCGGAGCUGAGAGCGUAUAUUACGUAUCCGAAACUCCUAAUUCGGCGUGCGCUUGACCCUGCGUGCGCGUACAUGUAUGUGGUCCUCUGCUCCAUUGUUCAGUAGUUUUACCUUCAGGCUGCUGCGAUUCGGCACUGGCCAUGUCGCCUAGGAGCGCUAAACACCCUUGCAUGACUUCCGUCCGGGAUCUCUGGCGAGUGGUUGCCAUCGCACUCCUCUGCUUUCAGGCCGCGACCUCGGCACGUCUAAUUGAUUUCGAUGAAGAAUUAGCUACUGGCCACGAGCGCCUUCGACAACUUGCACACCGCUAUGAGACGGUAGAUGUUGACACGGCUCACCACCUGCACGGAGUUCGGCAACGUCGAGCGACUCAAGGAGACAACACCUAUAGCCACCCACCUUCGACCAACUUUGACAUCCAGGCCUUUGGACAGACAUUUCGCCUGCAGCUGGAGUUGAACACAAUGCUGUUACCAGUCGGCACACAAGUACGCUACUUCAAAGAGAAUGGAGAGCUUGUUGUGGAUCAUGAUGCUGUCAACUGCUAUUACCAGGGUGAGAUGGAUGGAUUUAGUCAUGGAACAAGUCAUGCUGUAAUCAAUACAUGCAAUGGAAUUUCUGGAUCAUUUGGCGUAGGACCGGCUGGUCACUGGACAAUGGAGAGGACCUUUUUCAUUGAACCGCUGACCAAGGAACCCACUCCCAAUGGUACCCACCUUCAUGCCGUUUACAAAGUGGGCGACUCGAAAGAGAACGUUCACUUGGGGAGUUGUGGUGUAUCAACUAACCAAAGCCAAGACCAUGCAUCACCACUAGACCUUGCUGAGGGUAUUUUGAAUGUGGACACGGACACGGUGCACACUCACCAGCGCACUAAACGCCAGACAUCCUCAUCGGUCACACGCUAUGUGGAGUUACUACUGGUACUGGAUGCAACACUCUAUAAAAGCUCUAGAGUAAAUCGAGACUUGACCGUUGCUGCAAAUCGGGCUCGUUCUGUCGCUAAUUUUGUCGAUUCGUUGUACAGACAACUGAACAUCCGAGUGCCAUUGGUGGCUGUGGAGAUUUUCAACAUGGGAAACCGCUUUGUCACGUCAAGCAUAGCAGAUACAAUGCUCGACAAUUUUCUCGCAUACAGAACUGCUCAACUUGUGGGUCGUAUUGCCCAUGACAAUGCACAACUAAUGUCUGGGAUAGACUUUGCUGGCUCCACAACUGGAAUUACUCCUGUCUCCGGUAUGUGCUCAUCAGCAAGAUCUGCAGGUGUCAACCAAGACACAGCGUCAGCGUUCUCAGCGGUAGCGGGCACAAUGGUGCACCAAAUGGGUCACAAUCUCGGAAUGGGCCAUGACAAUGGCCGCAUCUGUACAUGCACAGCUUCAUCUAGUGCAGGCGGAUGCAUAAUGGCUACUCACAACUCCCGUGUUCUACCGUCGGUAUGGUCCAGCUGCAGCCGCUCUGAUCUCAGCACUUUUCUAUCACGCGGUGCUAGCUCGUGUAUGGACAACCAGCCAACAACACUAUUUGGUGACCCGGUAUGCGGCAAUGGGUUUGUGGAGGGCACCGAGCAAUGUGAUUGUGGCACAGCAGCACAGUGCACAACAACAUGUUGUAAUCCAGCUACAUGUCGUUUCACCACCGGUUCUCAAUGCAGCGAUGGUCCAUGCUGUCAAAACUGCCGCUAUCGGGCUACGGGCACGCUCUGCCGCUCCGCUGUGAACAGCUGCGACGUAGCUGAGACAUGUUCAGGCUUGACGCACACUUGUCCCGAUGAUAUCUUUGCACAGAACGGUCAGACUUGCGGUUCGGGGUCAUUGGCAUCAUUUUGCUACGAUGGACAAUGCAACACUCACGAUACCCAGUGCAAGAGAACAUGGGGAAUGCCUGCAUCCGUUGCUCCUCAGAUCUGCUACGAUCAAAACACGCAGGGCUCCGGCAAUGCCAACUGCGGUUCCACGUCAACCAACUACUUGAGAUGCGCAGCCACUGAUGCUCGUUGUGGUCGUCUUCAAUGUAUCGGCGGAGCACCCUAUACCAUAAUCUCGUCAACAAGCCGAACAAGCACCAUAACAAUAAGAUAUAGCCAAGGCACAGUGGUCUGCAAAUCCAGUACAAUCCCACGAACUUCGGACAUGGUCGAUUUCAGCUUAGUGGCCGACGGUUCUCCAUGUGGAUCAAGCUCUCUUUGCGUCAGCCAACGUUGCAGAUCGAUAAGUUCACUUGGCAUUACACCAUGUCCAUCAAGUGGUGGUAGGGUGUGUGCAGGAAAUGGUGUGUGCACAAAUCUCAACUCAUGCUUGUGUAACCGUGGCUGGACAGGUGCUGACUGCUCACGUCCUGUGAAUGGUCAGUGGAGUCCUUGGACAGUGUGGUCAGGCUGCUCCCAAUCCUGUGGUACAAGUGGCGUAAGAACACGCACUCGGGACUGUGAUAAUCCGCCGCCAAGUAAUGGUGGUACGGUAUGCCGUGGUGCAACUAGUGAACGAGAAACAUGCAACCUUGUUCAAUGUCCCACACCUGUCAAUGGUAACUGGACACCAUGGGGUGCAUGGUCUGGAUGCUCGGCUACAUGCGGAGGUGGAACUCGUUUUCGUCUACGUACGUGCAGCAACCCACCACCAUCCAAUGAUGGAUCACAGUGUUCUGAUUCCUUUCUAGCUUCAGAGCAAUGUAACACCGCAGCCUGUCCAACAUGGGGACCAUGGGGCCCGUACAGCUCAUGUUCCAAAACGUGUGGUGGAGGUGUUAGUGUUCGUUCACGCUUAUGUCCUUUACCAGGUGAAUGCUCUCCUGGUGCCGCCACGUAUUCUGUUCAAUGCAAUACCCGUACCUGUGGACCUGGUCCUGUUGACGGUGGCUGGUCAGUUUGGUCCGGCUAUUCUCCAUGUUCCGCUACUUGCGGCUUUGGCUCACACAUGCGAACGCGUUCUUGCAACCAGCCAUCGCCAGCCAACGGUGGCAGGAGCUGCAGGCCUGAUGGUUUGGCAGUGGAAACCAACUCUAUCCGCUGCCAGAGACCUUCCUGUUCUCAAUGGAAUAUCUGGGGAGCCUGGUCAGGCUGCUCCCGUACCUGUGGUAUCGGUGUACGUGUGCGCAGGAGAACAUGUCCAUUUGCUAACAAUUGCCCAGGAUCAGCCACAGAUACUGGCAGCUGUAACGUAUCAGCAUGUGAUAUGUCCAUACCUGGUCAGUGGACACAGUGGACAGGUUGGAGUCAAGUAGGUACUUGUUAUGGCUGUCCACGAGGUAGCUACAGGCAAAGGACUCGCAACUGCACAAGUCCAAAGCCAAUGAAAGGAGGCGCUCAGUGCUUGGGUGUAGGUGAACAGCGCGGGCCAUGUCCUGUGUGCCAAGAUGGUAGUUUCAGUGACUGGUCAGAAUGGCGUGGAAACUGCGAUGAAGAACAUAGCCAAAGUCGAAUGCGAGCAUGCACCAGCCCACCACCGACUAAUGGUGGACUCAACUGCUCCGGUCCAACAACUGAUGAGCGCAUUUGUCCCAGGUUCUUGCCAUGGAGCGAUUGGGCUGAUAGUGGCAAUUGUUCACUAUGCGGUGAAGAUCCGGUAAACAACAUUCAAGUUCGCCAUCGUCAAUGUAACACAACUCGGAUUGCCGCAUGCACAGGUGACCUGAAUCAGACUCGGACUUGCCCGGCAUGCACCUCAGAAACCAACUCUACCUCCUGCCAGGGACCUUCCUGUUCUCAAUGGAAUAUCUGGGGAACCUGGUCAGGCUGCUCUCGUACCUGUGGUAUCGGUGCACGUAUGCGCAUGAGAACAUGUCCAGUUGCUAACAAUUGCCCAGGAUCAGCCACAGAUACUGGCAGCUGUAACGUAUCAGCAUGUGAUAUGUCCAUACCUGGUCAGUGGACACAGUGGACAGGUUGGAGUCAAGUAGGUACUUGUUAUGGCUGUCCACGAGGUAGCUACAGGCAAAGGACUCGCAACUGCACAAGUCCAAAGCCAAUGAAAGGAGGUGCUCAGUGCUUGGGUGCACGUGAACAGCGCGGACCAUGUCCUGUGUGCCAAGAUGGUGGUUUCAGUGACUGGUCAGAAUGGCGUGGAAACUGCGAUGAAGAACAUAGCCAAAGUCGAAUGCGAGCAUGCACCAGCCCACCACCGACUAAUGGUGGACUCAACUGCUCUGGCCCAACAACUGAUGAGCGCAUAUGUGCCAGGUUCUUGCCAUGGAGCGAUUGGGCUGAUAGUGGUAGUUGUUCACUAUGUGGUGAAGAUCCGGUAAACAACAUUCAAGUUCGCCAUCGUCAAUGUAACACAACUCGGAUUGCCGCAUGCACAGGUGACCUGAAUCAGUCUCGGACUUGCCCCGCAUGCACCUCAGAGCAGGCUGGCGGAGUAUCAGGAGGCGCUAUUGCUGGUAUUGUUGCUGCUCUGCUCGCCAUUCUGGCAGUUGCUGUUGCUGUCAUCCUUAUUGUGACAUGAAACAAUCUGGCAGUGGCUCCACAAUUCUGCCGCCGAGGUGUGGCAGUUUGUCAGAGGGGGGACACUAGGCAGAGUGAGUAUGUCUUGGCCAGAGACUCACAUAAGCCCAAAGCCGCCGUCAUCCUACCGUCGCGCACAGCCAACAGCCAACCCCCUCCACGACCGAACCAGGCACCGCCGCCUCGACCUGUGGUUGCAUUUUCUACGCCGCUGGCCUAAAGAAGAGAAGACUGCAUAAAGAGAGAACCUGUUGAGCGAUGAUGAUAGAACCGACUUAAAAAGUUGAUUACACAAUCAUUGUGAUGUUGGAGUACAUGUACACUGUACCAGUCUACGGUGAUGUAUUUCUAAUGACCAUGGAACCCCAACACUCACACAGAUGCACACCCCCCCCCCCACACACACACGCGCACACACACACACGCACACACACACGCAUCCCCCCCCCCACACACACGGGCAUACACACUGCAGCUCCGUAUUCUUGUGCCUGCGUUCGGUGAGCCUCGAGACAUUCUUAUAAAUAUGUUAUGGCGUGGCGGCAUACUUCACUUUUGCUUCUGCACUCUGUGUGUGAUGUAAACUUGUUAACCUGUACAGUCCGUAUCGCCUAUAAGGUUGGCGGCUAUAGUAAUAUACCGGAUAUAGUGAUCAAUUUCUCAAAUUCAUUUUCAUUUGCCAUAACUUUAAGUAUACACAGUUAUCGCGUAUAGUAAUAAUCGUCUAUAGUAAUAUAUCGCCUAUAGCGAUCAAAUUCAUAUUUCAAAAGACGUUUAUUACACUAUUUUUGCAUCGGUUAUAGUGAUUGAUGUAAAAUCAAGUGAUGUCAGAGGAGAACAGGGUGUUACUUCUUCGUGAAGAACUUGUCCAGUGAGUGUUGUUUGGUGAGUUUUGCUUGUACAAGUUGCCAAAAUAUGCCUCCAUCAUGAGGAAAUCCUGA